GACAUCCCAGAAGUCUAUUUCACUACAAAUUAUGUAUUCACCGUCUGCCAUGAAUACAUCACAUUAUUUUUCUUGGAUGAUUCUAGGGCUUGUGUUGGCAUUGGGAACUGUUGCUUCCUCGGUUGAAGCUCGAGCUUUCUUUGUGUUUGGUGACUCGCUUGUUGAUAGCGGCAAUAAUAAUUUUCUGGCAACAACUGCUCGUGCUGAUGCACCACCUUAUGGAAUUGAUUAUCCUACUCGUCGACCUACUGGCCGGUUCUCUAAUGGCCUUAACAUCCCUGAUAUCAUCAGUGAGCAAAUUGGCCAAUCCGAACACCCACUGCCGUACUUGAGUCCCGAGCUCACUGGACAGAAGCUUCUUGUUGGUGCCAAUUUUGCUUCAGCAGGAAUAGGCAUUCUCAAUGACACUGGAAUCCAAUUUCUGAAUAUAAUCAGAAUGUUUAGACAAUUGGACUACUUCGAGGAAUACCAGCAUCGGGUGACUGCACUCAUUGGAGCUCAACAAACUCGCCGGCUUGUGAACCAGGCUCUUCUGCUUAUAACAGUUGGUGGCAACGAUUUUGUGAAUAACUAUUACUUGGUUCCCGUCUCUGCACGAUCUCGCCAAUUCUCUUUGCCAGAUUAUGUCAAGUAUCUCAUUGCAGAGUACAAAAAAUUACUGAAGAGGCUACACAAAUUGGGAGCACGUAGAGUUCUUGUGACAGGUACCGGACCAUUGGGCUGUGUUCCGGCUGAACUGGCCAUGAGAGGAACAAACGGUGGAUGCUCCGCCGAGCUACAAAGAGCUGCAGCCUUGUACAAUCCACAGCUCGUCGAAAUGAUAAAAGAACUAAACAGAGAGAUUGGUAAAACUGUGUUUAUUGCGGCAAAUACUCAGCAAAUGCACAUGGAUUUCAUCAGUGACCCUCAAGCUUAUGGAUUUACAACAUCAAAGGUAGCUUGUUGUGGACAAGGACCAUACAAUGGGAUUGGUCUAUGCACUGCAUCGUCUAAUUUGUGUCCAAAUCGUGAUCUCUAUGCAUUCUGGGAUCCAUUUCAUCCUUCCGAAAAGGCAAAUAGAAUUAUCGUUCAACAGAUUAUGAGCGGCUCUACCAACUACAUGAGCCCCAUGAAUCUCAGCUCUAUCAUGGCUUUGGAUUGACUAUGACUUAUGAGUCACCUCUUCAUUUCAAAAUUGUACUUUUUGUUUGUUUCUCAGCGUUGUGGAUGUUAAAAGUCAAGCAAAAAUAAACUAUUUGUGUUUGAAAUAAAUCUACCUAUAUUUAAUUAA